UGGUUGUCUUUUUCCUCGUUAUUCUGUAAAUUUGAUCCUUUCAGGUGUUGUUUCCGGAAAUCGGAAUAGCUCUUUGUUGUUGUGCUUAUUUUACUGGUUAGUGUGAGAAUGUGCAUUGUUGGAAACAAGAAGGGAAACCGAUCAUUGAAGGAAAUAGGAACUUUUAUGAUGACUACAUGUUUCAUUGCUAAUUACCAAUCCGUUCAAGUUUGCCAGGCUGAAUAUUUCAGACAGUUGCUUAAGCCUAACAAUCAGUUUCCUCACUUCUCAGAUGAAGUGGGUGACAGAAAUAUGCACAAUCCGUAUGCAUCAGGGUCAUCCUUUGAUGCUUUGUUCCCACCAUGUGCAAAGUUGCCAUACCAUGGUGUUGAACUUCAACCGUCUGCGGUCUGUCCAAAGAACUUUGUCAUCUUCGAUCAAACGUAUGACCGCAGCCAAGUGAUGUACCAUCCUGAGCUGACUCAUAAGCUCAUGAAUACCCCAUCAUUGAACAAUUUAGCUUCGACAUUUCAGAACGAGUAUGUUGGGGGAAGUUAUGGUAACUAUGGUAACUAUGACCAAGAAGCAUCCUCUUCUUAUCAAGAGGAUCCGAAUGAGAUCGAUGCCCUCUUGAGCGCAGAUGAGGAUUAUGAAGAUGAUGAUAAUGAAGGUGAUGAGGAUGGUGAUUCAGAAGAGGUCAGCACUGCUCGUAAUUCUUCCAGGGAUUAUGGAAACACCUCAGCAGAAUCUUGUUGUUCCAGCUAUGGGUAUAACAACAACAACAACAACAACUCAAGGAAGCAGAGUUUAUCGGGCAGUGCUAGUAGUAACAAUGAUGGGAAAGGACGGAAAAAGAUGAAGAAGAUGAUGGGAGUGUUGAGGAGAAUUGUCCCGGGAGGAGAACAGAUGAAUACAGCUUGCGUUCUUGAUGAAGCUGUUCAGUAUCUCAAGUCACUUAAAAUCGAAGCACAGAAACUUGGCGUUGGACAUUUCUCAAACCAAUCUUGAAUGCUACCGCGCGAUAUUCGUUCUUCCUUCACUAUUGUUUCUUCGGAGGUAAAUCAUCGGUCCAGCGCUUAUCUGGACCUUUCUCUCUCUAUAUUCCUCCCUCUACUCACUUCCUUCUGCAGGAUGGUAUCUACUUUAUGUUGAAUCUCUCUUAUAUUUUGCUUUUGUGUUAUUGCUUCGAUGAAGAAGCUGUGUUUGCACAAGUAGUUGUGGAUUUGGUUUGAGCUUUGAUUUGUAUUGUUAUAACUUUCACUGUAAUCAUUUA